UUUCAGUUUGUAGAGCACAAAUUCGCGACGCUUUCAGAAAGUUUUGUGACUUCAAGUUGAGCUAAUUUUGAGCGUUCAAUAGACACGCGACAAGUUAAUUUUAAAUUGGUUCUAGUUUGGGAGGUUCGUCGUCUGAAAAUAAAGGAGCAACAAUGGCGAAUAAUUUGAUGCAAUAUAUAUACUGUUUUGUUGUGCUGUCUGUUUGUGUCGAUCGGGGAGACGGACGCUGGAAGAGAAGGAAUGAUGCACAUAAUAUUCGACACGAUAUCGAAGUAUUGCGGCAAAUGGCAGAUAAAAUCGAGCAUGAAAUAGAUGAUUUUUAUGACGAAUAUCUGGAGGAGGAGGCAGGAGUGGAUAGCGAUCGCAAAACAAACUACGAAUAUGUACAGAACAUACACUACCGCGAUUCUAGGACAAAGGUAGCGAGUAAACAAGACGAGACGCUAUUUCAAGAGAACGACAUAAGUUCUUCAGAAAACAAUACUUCUCAGAAAUUGAUAAACAAAGAUAUUAAUAUAAACAAAACGUUAUACACUCACGUAUCAUUUAAAAAUGAUAAAAAAUCAAUAACGAAAUGGCCGAAAUUUGAAGAGAUAUUACUAGAAAUGGGAAAGAAAUAUGAUUGGAAAAACGAUCGGUGGAUAAAAGUUAAGGAAAAGUUGAAAGUGCAGUCUAACGAAGUGAAUGUGAUUCAUAACGAGGUAGAUUUCCAUGAUCGUCACAAAUUUAGUUAUAAAAUUGUAAAAUUGAAUAGGAAUAAGAGAAGAAACGUUAUUGUUGCAGUGUCAGCGGUAAGAUAGGCGAUUGAUAUGGUUAGUUUUGGAAAUGCUUGUUUUGUAAAGAAAUCUGUUUUGGUGGAUUUCGGGACCAACGUUUAGGAGCUGAAAAUGAGCUCUAAUAAAA